CAAAAGCUACAACAAUCGGCUCACACACCCAGUACCCCCCUCACCUUCUUCCUCUGUUCAUACUACUCUACUCUAACACCUCUGCAUCAUGUCCCCUCCCGGCCGCGGUAAUGACAACCUGGACGUGGGCCAAAAAUUCGUGAUUAGCCUGUUCGGUACUAGCGAGGUAUUGACAGCAGAAGGGAAAGAUGUUCAUCUCCGAGAAUAUGAGAAGGAUAAGGGGAGCCAAAUAUGGGUCUGCGAAAUGAACUCUAACGGUCGAUUCGGUAUGCGAAACUCGGCGACCGGGCGUUUGCUCGGCCGGGGUCACAAGGAGAAUAAGGUUGCGUGUUUCGCGACCGCACAUGGCCCCUGGGAGUGGCUUAACUUUACGCGGCUUAGCCUAGGCGGGUACUCAUUGAGGGUGAUUGGCGCUGCUACAGGUGAUAAGCUCUCCCCGGUUCAGCGGAGGGACAACACGAGUACGGGCUUGAUGAUUGGGACCGCUGCCCAUCAGUUCGGACUGCACCAGCUUCAGGACUCGGUGUUGAGGAGGUUUGAGUGGGUGGCGCCGGACCGUCUAGCGCGCUCAUCCGCGCCGUACUAUGAUGGCGAGGAUUCCGAUGAGAGCAUUAAUGAGACCUCCAUUGGGUUCCUUGUCAGUCAUGGUAUAAAGAACAUCAUCAGCUUGAAUUCUGUAGAGAUAUCGCCGCGGGAGAAGGGCAGGCUUCGUGCCGCCAAGAUCUCAUACUCGCACAUCACGGCGCUGGAGUGCACCGCACCCACUCAAGAGCAAUUUGAUCAGAUCUGGAAUGCCUAUGAGAAAAGAGCGGGGGCUACGAUCGUCUACUGCGGAUAUGGGGAUGGGAGGACUGGGAUGGCUAUCAGCGCAAUUCAGAUCUUCGAGGGUCGUACUCUGAGCGACCUUGAUUUCAGGGCGAACGGUGUGCAGUGCCGCGAUCACGUAGAAGCAUUAAAUGCGUUAAGCGAGAGAAUUCAGGGGUGAGUCUCUCUUCCAGACAGAAUCUCAUUGCCUGGCCUGACCUUUGCUCUAAUUAGUGUCGAACACCACAACGACUCACCCGACACCACCGACAUCCAACCCCCACCAUAUACAGCACCUAAAAAGGAUAAGUGAUAGGAUGCGUCACCAUGGAGUUAUGCGAGACUGGUAGGGUCAGGGGGAGUGCAUAUGAAUAAUCUGCGUGUGUAUCCUAAUUGGCUUAUAGGACGGUGGACGAAUUGCGCGAUAUAAACCAUAAUCGCGAUCAGGGGCAGGCAGCGGUAAAUGCAUGAGGUGGCCAAACAUGGUAGUAGUCGGGAGAAGGAGUCGGUGGAGCACGGAGAUGCCGGAGGAGAAGAAACUUUUGCCUAUAAAGGAGCGAUGGAAAGCCGGAAUUUAAGAUGUGUUCGGAGCACAUUGCACUGUCGGUUGGAGUAUCUUACCUCUACACCUAUCUAUUGUGCCUUAGGAACUCGAAGUUUGGAAGGAUUAAUAUCCUAGAUACAUGUUAUCAAGCAUAGAAAGUAACCGGAAGCAAGGAUGUUGAUGCAAGUUUUGGUCAAAAUUCCCCUUUUCCAGCGGAUCAGAAAACGGGUGCCUUCCAAUACUCAACAAAAGCCGAGGAGGUUCCUUUUGUAAUAGAUUUAUCGAACCAGCGGCCAGGCAUUUACCGGUAAUCCAUCGGUUGUAUUUAUUCAAAGUUGACUGAGAGAAGGGGAAUAGGAAGUCCUUGAUGGCCUCGUGUGUACUGUACGGUACUCGUACAGUACCCCA